AUGAGGGUUUCUCUUUCGUUCUGGUGUACGUUGUUCGGCUGUAUCGUUGUCUCCACAUCGUUUCCAACUGCAGCCAACCUCGCAAUUCUUGCCAGGUCAGGUGGUUUAGAUAUUCCCGAUGAUCUCACUUUGGAAGAGGUGUAUCGCCACGUCGAAAGUCAAAAGGAGAAGAGACUUCUGAUUGACCCACUCACUACACCAAUUGAAGUUGAUGGUCUCCAUGAGUGGCGAGCUCCAGACUUUGCGGCAGGCGCACAAAGAGGUCCAUGUCCAGGACUCAACGCUUUGGCCAACCAUGGUUACAUGGAUCGAUCUGGGGUAGCCAAGUUUCUCGAUGUUAUCGGUAGCAUCAACCAUGUGUAUGGGAUGGACGUUGGGUUGGCGACAAUUCUCUCAGUAAUGGGCACCGUUUGGACUGGCAAUCCUCUUUCCUUAAGUCCGGGUUUCUCCAUUGACGGCACUUCUCCUAGGGUUCAGAACCUUCUCGGUAAUCUACUGGGAGUCCUGGGUGAACCUCAAGGUAUAGGGAGAUCUCACAAUUUCAUCGAGUCUGAUGCUUCCCUCACUCGUGACGAUCUAUACCUGACCGGGGAUGCUUCCACCAUGAACAUGACCAAGUUUUUGAAGCUUUAUAACCGCCCCGGUGUCGGAAUCAAUGUUAUAUCCACUGAUGAUGUGGUAGAACACUCUGUCGAAGGGCUCCAAGAAUGCAUUGCGACCAAUCCAUACUGCUGGUAUGGCCCAUACACUGGAAUGGUUGCCCGCAACGCCGGAGUCGCAUUUACUGCUCGUCUGCUGUCCAACCACUCUACAGAGAAUCCACGUGGCAUCUUGACCAAAGAUGUGUUUAAGUCUUUUUGGGGAGUGGUUGAGAAUAAUGAUGGAGAACUCGAGUACAAACGCGGCUGGGAGCGCAUCCCUGAAAAUUGGUACAAGACCCCAGUGGAUUACGGGUUGAUACAGCUCAACUUGGAUUUUAUCGAUUGGUUUCUCAAAUACCCCCAGCUCGCUUCAAUUGGAGGGAAUACAGGAACUGUAAAUUCAUUCACUCCAUUGGAUAUUUCGGAUCUUUCUGGCGGGUUGCUCAAUGUUGAGACAUUGUUGGAAGGAAACAACUUGAUCUGCUUCGCUUUGCAGGUUGUCAAGACUGUGUCUCCAAACUCCUUGUCGAACCUCUUUCAGACCUUGGCUGUCCCUCUCGGCCUGCUGACUGACGCAUUAGGUGAUGCUAUAACAGGCUUGACAUGCCCGCCUUUUGGCGAUAUUGCGUAUGGAGGCCAGCCGCUCUGGGAUUCAUUGAUCAAGGAUUUUGCUGGGCCCGCAAAGGCUGCGUCUCCGCUGUGA